GGUAGUGGGUAGAGGUAGCGCCCAUAGUAUUGGUCUUUCUUUACUUUACUGCAGUUUGUUGCUUAAAAUGGUUCCCAAAUCUUUAACUGAUUUAUUGUGGAAAGAAAUAGAUUCUUUUUGCUAUGAUGUGAGCUUAUUGAAGAAUUACAAGUUUAAGACCAGCGAUAAUGUAAAGAAGAGCUUUACCAACGCAAUCAAAAACAUCAAGAAAAGAAAAAAUUACAAUAGUAGAUUAAUGGGAUAUAAACUGGAAAACACAAAAAGAAAUUUAGACCAGGUAAAUACUACAUUAAAAAGUAUAAUUGAUCAACAAGUUGACGUGGGAAUUGAUAAUCUUACUUACUUUGCUCUUGUAGAAGGUUAAUCACUGUUGUAUAAUAUAGCUUAAUAGGCUAAUUGUGCACCAAUAGGAUAUGGCUGGUAUUUAUACAGAAUGAAUCUCUCUUAUGAUGAUGAGUGUCGUUCUCACCUUCUCAUGUUGUUACUGCCAGCAAUCAAUGCUUUGUCUUACUUGAAUGAUGAAUUAGCUGUUCUUAAGUCAAAAUUGUUGGGUAUUAGUAAAACUCGUCAGGGAAAGUCAACUGCUCCAUCUUUUAAAAAGUUAUCAUUUAACAAAACAGCCAGAAUUUAAUCUUCAUGUUGCUUCAUUUCUUUCAUUAUCAAGUUACUUUUUUUUUUUUUU